UUUUGGUACAAUGCAAUCUGUCUCCGAACACAUCUUUCCGCAUUAGAGGUGAUCAAUUGCUAGUGCAAUGGGUAUCUCAAGCCACCACCCGGGGCAUUCGCCUCUACUGCUUUCUGCCCUGGUUUUUUGCCUCAUAGCCACAAGUGUGGCUGCCACUUAUGAGCCUUAUGUUUAUGCUUCUCCACCGCCACCACAUCAUAAACACUUACCACCAUUGCCACCAAAGCAUGGAGGUCACCCGCCAUAUUUCUACAAGUCGCCUCCUCCCCCACCGUCAUCUCCAUCACCCCCUCCUCCGUAUAUUUACAACUCUCCACCUCCCCCAUCUCCCUCUCCUCCACCCCCAUAUGUCUACAAAUCACCACCACCUCCAUCUCCAUCACCCCCACCACCUUAUGUCUAUAAGUCACCUCCUCCUCCUUCACCAUCUCCUCCACCACCGUACAUUUACAACUCACCUCCCCCACCAUCGCCAUCGCCACCUCCUCCUUAUAUUUACAAAUCACCACCACCACCUUAUCCAUCACCCCCUCCUCCUUACAUUUACAAGUCCCCUCCUCCACCAUCUCCAUCACCUCCCCCUCCAUAUGUUUAUAAGUCACCUCCACCUCCCUCCCCAUCACCUCCUCCACCCUACGUCUAUAAAUCUCCACCACCGCCCUCACCGUCUCCUCCACCUCCUUAUAUUUAUAAAUCGCCUCCACCUCCCUCACCAUCACCUCCUCCGCCCUACGUUUAUAAAUCGCCACCACCACCCUCACCAUCUCCUCCACCUCCUUACAUUUACAAAUCGCCACCCCCUCCAUCACCAUCACCACCUCCUCCAUACGUAUAUAACUCUCCACCACCUCCCUCACCAUCUCCUCCACCUCCUUACAUUUAUAAAUCGCCACCCCCUCCAUCGCCAUCACCUCCUCCUCCAUAUGUAUAUAAAUCUCCACCACCUCCCUCACCAUCUCCUCCACCUCGUUACAUUUACAAAUCGCCACCACCUCCCUCACCAUCACCUCCUCCCCCUUAUGUUUAUAAAUCUCCACCACCACCAUCACCGUCUCCUCCACCUCCUUACAUCUAUAAGUCACCACCACCACCAUCUCCAUCACCUCCACCUCCAUAUGUUUACAAGUCACCACCACCUCCAUCACCAUCACCUCCACCUCCGUACAUGUACAAAUCACCAUCACCCCCAUCUCGAUUCCCACAUCCUCCAUACUACUACAAGUCUCCUCCACCUCCAACCCAUUGGCAACAUCCUCCAUACUUCCAUAAGUCACCUUAUCCACCGUCCAAUUCUCCUCCCGCAUCUCACUGGCCUUUUCCACCAUACCUCCGUAAAUCACCUCCUCCACCAUCCAAGUCUUCCCCAAUCUCAUAUUAUUACAAAUCACCACCACUGCCAAAGGGCUAUUAAAUUUCAAUCAAACCCCUGAAUAAAUUUGAAUUGUUACACGAAUUAUAAUCACUUUCCAGCUUGGAUUUUAUUUAUGGUAUAUUAAGCAUUGUAAUUUUUUGUUUGUUGUUUUUAUUGAACAAGAUCAGUCCUUAUGUGCAAUAUGGGCCUGAAGCGAUAUCCUCUGUGAUCCAUAUAUAAGCAUGAAGAACCAGUGUAAUUUUCUUCCAUUAUAAACAAUGUAAGCGCGGCGGAAUGUGGUCAAGUCCUGAAAGGAUCAAUUCUAUAUAAUGUAUUGAUCUCAUUGCUAUUUUUCAUGCAUCCCUAAA